UCAAAGCAUCCUCGUUCGCGAACGACACAUCACUAGUUCCUUAGUUCCUUAGUACAGCGAUGGCUUCGGCAGGGCUGUGUUGCUGCGUCCUUGUGAUUUGCUCGGUUAUCGUUCCGGAUUACACUUCUGUCAUUCCUCGGCUCAUCGAGAAGAUUCACGAUGAAGCCCGCAGUUUCAGCUUACCAAAAAAUUCUUCUCACAUCAUUCUGCUGCAGUAUAACAAGAGCCACCUUUAUGUUGCAGGAGAUCAGUUCCUUGUGUCCAUAAAUCUCCAGACGAAUAAAACCAAGAAGGAAUUUCAGUUGAUUGUUGAAGAGGACAAAAAAGAGAAUCAACACAAGACGUGUUUAACUGCCCUAAAAAAGAAGGGAGACUCGAAGCUUCUGUGCUGGAUAAAUCAGGGAAAACCUUUCUGCCAAGAAGAGGAUGGAGAAUACAAAGCCAAUGGCAUAUCUCUAAAAUGUGGGGCUCACGGUUCCUUGAUGCUUUUUGUAGAGAAUGAAAUUUAUGCGGCAGCACCCCUGUAUCCAUCAGGACAAAAUCUCCAGUUUAGGAAGAUUAGAAAUAACCGUAUGGUGGUCUGGAUGUAUGAUACCUGGGUUUCAGAGCCCACUUUUAUUCAGGCCUCAUGGAUCAAGAAGAAAGAAGAUCCAAGUCAAGACAAGAUUUACACAUUCUUUCGAGAAAAGAACACUGAUAAGAGUCCUGAUGCAGACCCCUGGAUAUCGCGUGUUGCUCAAGUCUGUAAGAAUGAUGAAGGGGGUUCCGAAACUGUCUUACAGAACAUUUGGUCAUCAUUUCUGAAGGCCCGGCUUAUGUGUGGAAUUCCAUCAGACUCCAUUUACUUCAACAGACUGCAUGACGUCUUUGUGGUUGAAGCUGAUAAGUGGAGAGACUCCAAAGUGUAUGGUCUCUUCUCCAGCAGCUGGAAUUCCACAGCUGUGUGUGUUUAUUCAGUGGGUCAAAUUGAAAAAAUCUUUCAAACUUCAAAAUUUAAAGGCUACGAUGGACCCAUUCCUUCUCAAAGACCUGGAUCUUGCGUACAAAACAGUAGAUUGCUGUCAGAUGAUGUGCUGAAUCUUCUAAAGAGCCACCCAGAAAUCGAAGACCGUGUGUUCCCCAUUAAAUCUGACAGUCCUUUGCUUAUUAGCCAGAAGAUGUACAGCAAGAUUGUGGUGGAUCAAGUGAUUGGGGCGCAUGGGAACAUUUAUAACGUUCUGCUUCUAGCUACUGGUGAUGGCAAAAUACAUAAAAUGACAGACACUGGUGACAAGCCUUUCAUUAUAGCAGAAAUUCAUCCCAUUAAUGCAAUUGCCAGUAUUCUGUCUAUGUCACUGGACAGCAAGGCUAAAAGGCUUUUUGUGGCUUAUCCGAGUGAGGUGGUUGAAGUGAACCUAGAGACAUGCUCAAGCUAUAAUGAAAGCUGUCAGGAAUGUGUGCUGGCCCGGGAUCCCUACUGUGCUUGGGAUGGCAAGACCUCCCUCAGUGCCACUAGUGGAAAGCAUGUCAUUCAGAAUGUAGAGAAAGGAGACAUCGGUGUGUGCUUUAAAGGCAACCGGCGUAGACGUGACACCAGCAUUUCACCAUCAACAUCCAGCAAAGUAAUCAGCAUAACUGUUCCCAAUUCCAUCCCCUACUUCUUGUCUUGUCCCUUAACGUCAUACCAUGCCAGGUACUUCUGGAAACAUGAAAAUGGAAGCAAUGUGGAAUGUGAGCUCACUGAAUCGGAGUGCCUGUACCUAAUACGGAAAAUGCAGAGCCAAGACUACGGCAAUUAUGAGUGCAUUUCAGUAGAGAGAGACUACACGAAAACUCUUGUUAUGUACAACCUGAAAGAAAGCAGUGGAAGCCUGAUGCUAUCCUGCAGUGUGCUCAUGAUCAUGUGGGCUGUGGUGUUUGUGUCUCUACCCAUCAGCUACUAGAGCCUUUAAAUGCAGCUGGAUGCUUAAGAUCAGCUCCUUUCUGCUUGUUGACUGCAUAGCCUUGAAGUAUGGACAGCGUGAAGAGCCACCUGCUUGAAAUGAGCAUCAAUUGCUGUUCCAACUCAAUGCUUUCUUACUUCUUUGCACUUUAUACUGGUACAGCUUUCUUAAUGACUUCAUGACUCCGAGUGUGAGAGGAGUCUUCUCACUUCACAUCACUCAGAAGUAAAAUGAGGCACAUAGGCACUUUUGUGUUGUUCGCAGUAGUGAAUGCUGUUUGCAGUCAUUUGGUCAAAACACUGCAAACUAUAGAGGAGAGACUUAGGGUAAUUAGAUAGAUAGAUAGAUAGAUAGAUAGAUAGAUAGAUAGAUAGAUAGAUAGAUAGAUAGAUAGAUAGAUAGAUAGAUAGAUAGAUAGAUAGAUAGAUAGAUAGAUAGAUAGAUAGAUAGAUAGAUAGAUAGAUACUUUAUUAAUCCCAAGGGGAAAUUCACAUACUCCAGCAGCAGCAUACUGAUACAAAAAAACAGUAUUAAAUUAAAGAUUGAUAAUAAUGCAGGUAAAAACAGCCAAUAACUUUGUAUAAUGUUAAUGUUUACCCCCCCUGGGUGGAAUUGAAAAGUCGCAUAGUUUGGGGGAGGAACGAUCUCCUCAGUCUGUCAGUGGAGCAGGACAGUGACAGCAGUCUGCCGCUGAAGCUGCUCCUCUGUCUGGAAAUGAUCCUGUUUAGUGGAUGCAUUGGAUUCUCCAUGAUUGACAAGAGCCUGCUUAGCACCCAUCGCUCUGCCACAGCUGUCAAGCUGUCCAGCUCCAUGCCAACAAUAGAGCCUGCCUUCCUCACCAGUUUGUCCAGGCGUGAGGCGUCUUUCUUCUUUAUGCUGCCUCCCCAGCACACCACCGCGUAGAAGAGGGCGCUCACCACAACCGUCUGAUAGAACAUCUGCAGCAUCUUAUUGCAGAUGUUGAAGGACGCCAGCCUUCUAAGGAAAUAUAGUCAGCUCUUCCUCUCUUACACAGAGCAUCAGUUUUGGCAGUCCAGUCUAAUUUAUCAUCCAGUUGCACUCCCAGGUAUUUAUAGGUCUGCACCAUCUGCACACAGUCACCUCUGAUGUUCACGGGGUCCAUGAGGGGUGUGGGCCUCCUAAAAUCCACCACCAGCUCCUUGGUUUUGCUGGUGUUCAGGUGUAGGUGGUUUGAGUCGCACCAUUUAACAAAGUCAUUGAUUAGGUCCCUAUACUCCUCCUCCUGCCCACUUCUGAUGCAGCCCACGAUAGCAGUGUCAUCUGCGAACUUUUGCACGUGGCAGGACUCCAAGUUGUAUUGGAAGUCCGAUGUAUAUAGGCUGAACAGGACCGGAGAAAGUACAGUCCCCUGUGGCGCUCCUGUGUUGCUGACAACAAUGUCAGACGUGCAGUUCCCAAGACGCACAUACUGAGCUCUGUCUUUAAGAUAGUCCACGAUCCAUGCCACCUCUGUCAGCUUGUAAUAAUGCAAUUAAUUUAGCGUUGAGCCAUGAAAUUCAGUAGACAGUGACUUAGCACCAAGUUCACUGUACUGUGAAAGCAACAGCAGCCCAGUCGAUCUAUACUAGGGUGCAUAACAUCUCUUGAACGCAGGCCAACUUCAUCAUAUAAUAAAUGCGGACAGGCUGUUAGUUGUUCUUCAAGUAUUUUCUUUGUGUUUAGGAAUGGUGAUUAGAGAAUAUGGUAGACUUUUUAACAAAGUGAGAAGUGAAGGGAGGCCCAUUUUCAUGUUUGUCUUGGAAUAUGCAUAUUUUUAUUUUGUUUGGUAGGGGUUUGUACGUGAACAGAAAAAAAACGAGGUGUGUUUUUUGUUGGACUGAAGGGCCCAUACAGUAUUUUGUGCCCUCUUUCUUUGCUUUCUGUCUUUCUUUAAGGUGGCACUGUUUCCAGAUAGCCAGUGAAUCACCAGAAUUCUCCUUUCAGUGGAGCCCACAGAGUGCAUCCAUUACUUAUUGGCUCAAUAGUUGAUUUUUUAUUACAUUUGUCAAUCAGAACUCCUGUAAAGAUCACACAUCGUUUAGUUGUGAUAUUUCUUUAAUAACAAAACUUCAAACUGAAAAGACAAGGAAAGGAAGUACUGUGAGGAGAUGGAGCUUUAUAUCAUCUGUAUGGUUUUAUUUAAGUUCACAUAAUUAUAUUUAGUGUUGAUAAUUGGUCAAAAUGACAAAUUUAACAUUAUAUUUUGAAAGCAGCAUACAUUUAUGACAUAAUGCGUAAGAUAAGAAUUAUAUUCCGUGUGGGUCUUAACGCUGUAAUAACCUUGAGAGCUGAGGUAUUGUAUGAACUCGAGAAUGAGUGCAUUGCUUGACGCCUUUAAACGCACAUGUAGUUGUUGUAACUUAUGAUAAAAUGGCAGCUGGACAAGAGGGAAUCUGUGACCCAUUGGGUGACUUCUAUCAGCCCACUAUCUCUUCUCAGGUACUGAAGCAUUUUCUUUAACAUAUGCCUGCUAAGAGGCCAUAUAACAUAUGAGGAAGACCAAAGCUCCUACUAUUUACUGGGAUUUUAUUUUUGUAGUUAUGUUUUUUCCUCAUACUUUAUUUAUAUUUGUGCAUAUGUGUUUGUUUCUAGUGACGUGCAUUGACAAUAAUAUUUAUGAAAUGCCUCCUUUAGUAUUGCUGCUCUUGUCUCCUGAGUGCUGUGAAGUCGGGAGGCUGCAGUAGUUUGUUGUAUGCAGUGCAGCUUGAGUAGAAGUGAAGUGAAGUGUCUCCAUUAUGCAUUGUGUGUGUAUUUCAGGAUGUGCCACUUCCUCUGGUUCAUCAACAACUGCAGUGUUACAAAGUGCUUUAAAGGGGAUACAAGAUUACAAAAUUCCAGUAUUUAAAUGAACUAGUAGUCACAAUAAAAUUAAAUGAAGAAAUCAAAUACUGGCAACACAAUAGGAAAAAUACUUCAGGCAUAAAACACACCACAGUUUUUAACGAGAUAAAAACAUUAGAAUCACAACUUAAAGUGAAUCAGUGCAGUCAAUGAGGCUGCAGUAGAGCAGAGUUAAAAGUCCAUCCGUCCGUCCUUCCAUCACACCAGCCAUUUUGCUUUACCAAGCCUAACCUGGCCAGUGUCAGCCACAAGGACAUGUACACAAUUCCAAGUUGGCUUUAGUCUGAGAAACAAUUGUACAGACACGGACAGAACAUACAGACUGUACACAGAUGGUAUUUAGACUAUAUGUUGCCUGCUAGGGGCUUCUUGGAUCCAGUUGUCCAAAGUCACAUUGUUAGAUGACUAGGCAAUGACAACCUAGAGGACCCGUCUGUUGAGCUAACAGUCUUUAAGAAUAAUUCCUUUUUUCUGGAGAUUAUUUUUAGUGUUUAUCUCCAUCAUUCACAUGUUGGCUGCUGUUAUCUACUGGUCUCCACAGCAGCUCUGCGGUUGGUCUCUCUCACUUUUUGCUGCUUUACUGCACAUCAGCAACAAGUGUCAACUUUUCCAAAUAGAGUAAACAGGCAGAGUGCUGUUCAUCCAUCACCAGGUGCGAAGUAUGAUGCAUUUGUCCAUUGAGACAGCAUAGUCAAGUGAAGAAAGCGUGACAUUCCAUAUCUCCAGAGUGUCCAUCUAUCAAGACCCUAAGCCCACACUGUUCUUAGUACAACUGGUUCAUGCACACUUCAACCUGCUGAAAUUCCAAAUCAUGUCCUUGAUGUCUGCAGCUCUUUGUACCCCACAUAACAGAAAUCAAACUGGACAAUGCGUCACGGUCGUCUCAUUUCCAAACAUUUAGUCACGCGCUUAUCCCAUAAAGUGUGAAACAGCUGGCCCUCUGGAGCAGCCCCUCUGUUGUUUCAAGACUAGCACAUGGCCUGGCAGCUUACUGAUGAUGCACUUUAACUUGCUUUGUAUUAUUUAUUAUAUUUUAUGUGUGUGUGUCAGCACUAAAAUCCUGCUAAUUGUUUGUUAUCAUUAAACUUGGCCCUUGGACCAAUGUCUUCUGAGAGUUGCCAUUUCUUUGAAUGUAAAUAUUGGAAAACACAUGUUACACCUGCAUUUAAGAAUAUGAGAGAAGAGACGCACAAGGUGCAAAAGUCUGCAGAGAGCUCCUGGCCAUUCAGGUGAAUGAUGGGAGCAGCAGACUGGUGGGGUCAGGCUCCAUUACUCCCAUCAAGUGUGCUCAUGUGAUUAAUUCUGUGUGUUCACUUUAUUAAUUUCUGUGUUAAUAUCUGCUUUUCAAUCUUGGUGUUAGAAUUUAGAUUUCAAUUUGCUCCCAAGGGUACAUUGAAUAAAAUAAAUUUCUUUAACAAGUUAAAUCCAACUUAGGGUUGCAGACAGGCCAUAGCCUAUCCCAGUGCAAUAUGUCCGUAUGUACACAAUGCAGCGCAUGACAGAUGAAGCGACUCACUCACAGUCACGUAGAAAAUCAGCAGUAGGGAUGGAGGAAGAAACACCUGGGAUUUUAUAAAGCGCUUUUCCAGAAUGCUUUAAAUGUCCAGUAAUUUUAUUUCACUGUGAGGAUCACUGAGUUAAGUGACUUGCUUGUGGUUAUACAGAGUGGCAUCAGGAGGGGCUUCAGAGGCUUAAGCCCCCUACACAUUGUGCCAAUCUCCCAAAAGUGUAUUUCUUUAACUACUGUUGAACCCGAAGAAGGGAGGGGGGCAGUCCUACGGCCUUUACAACAUUACAGUAUAUUUAUAUCAUCUACAGUAUAUGGUCGUAGAAAUCUGUCAUAUGAAGAAUAAAUGUUCAGCACUCACAAUGAAUUAAAGUAUAAUGGACUGUAAGCAAGUGAGAAUGUGAACCCUGUGAGCCGAUAAUGAUUAACCUAAUGGCAGUUAGGACACUUGAGUAAACAGCCAGAAUUUAGAAAACCUGUACCUGUUUUCUUUAAGUCAACAGAGCAUAAACAUUUAAACUCUGGACCUUUUCAAAUACAGUGUAAACUCUUGUGUAUCUUU